GAAGGAAAGUAACAGUAGUCUUGGCAGGAGGGAAGUAACAAUAUUUUUGGGCCCGUUUCCCUCGGCAUCAUGAUGGCGGCCCCGGCGGUGUCCAGUCACUCUGCGAUGAAGGCCUCGCACCUCGCCGCCCUCACCCCGGACUGGAUGGGCAACGAGGUCCUCACGGGCACGUCCAUCAUGGCGGUGGAGUUUGAUGGGGGCGUGGUGGUGGGGGCUGACUCCCGCACCUCAAUGGGUGUCUACGUCUCAAACCGUGUCACAGAUAAGCUGACCCGUGUGACAGACCAAAUCUAUUGCUGCCGCUCUGGCUCAGCAGCAGACACCCAAGCCAUUGCUGACAUUGUGUCAUCCCAUAUGGAGCUGCUAGAGGUUAAGCUUGGGGAGCCACCACUGGUUCAGAUUGCAGCAAACACAUUUAAAGAAAUCUGCUAUAACUACAGAGACCAGUUGAUGGCAGGCAUUAUAGUUGCUGGCUGGGACAAGACCAAGGGGGGGCAGGUUUACACUAUUCCUCUUGGAGGGAUGAUAGUUCGUCAACCAGUGGCCAUUGGAGGAUCUGGCAGCACCUACGUUUGGGGACACAUUGAUGCUGCCUACAAGUCCAACAUGACCAAAGAGGAAACUGUGGACUUUGUUAAGAAUACAUUGACCCUGGCCCUGACAAGAGACGGCAGCAGUGGUGGCGUUGUGCGAGUUGCAAUCAUCACCAAGGAUGGAGCAGAGCGGAGAGUCUUCCUCCACAAUGAACUGCCACAAUUUUAUCAGGGCUAAAUAUAAGACCCAUUAGUUGUUAAACUUUGGUUUGGUUAUUAUUACUAUUAUUAUCCCACUUUAGGAUCAACUGAUACCUUUUUCUUUUAAUGACAGAGAAAGGGAGUGAGUAAAAAAAAUCACUGUACUCUCCAAAAUCUGGUAAAAUUAAAGCCUGCAGCAUAAUGCAUAAGACAGUAGCUAACAUAGAAGGUAUUUUGGUAUUUAUCUUUGCUAACAGUCCACCAGCUGCCUUUUUUCUUUUAUACACCACAUGUUUUGUACACUAAUAUUAUCUAAACAGUUCACAAGCUACUGAUACAGUGUAACAGAGAAAGAUUAAUAAAUAAAGUCCCUUUC